GCGGCUGCUCUUUCCCAAGCAGCUGGUCCUGAGCUCCAAGCAGACUGUGACCAGAUAGUGAAGAGGAGGGGCAAGGUCCUACCUGGCCAUGCCACCAUCUCAAAAGCAGGACAGCUCCCGUACCACCACGUGAUCCACUUGGUAGGGCCCCAGUGGAAGCAAGAUGGGACCGAGAAGCACGUAUGUCAGCAGAAGAGAGCUGUGGGCGAGAGUCUGCGUUUGGCUGAAGAACACAAGUACCGAUCCAUAGCCAUCCCUGCUGUUAGUUCCGGGGUCUUGGGCUUUCCCUUGGCCCUGUGUGCGGGGGCCAUUGUUCUGGCAAUAAAGGAAAACUUCCAGCGUAGCCAGGCCGGAUGCACCUUAAAAGAGAUUUACCUCGUGGGUUCAGUGGAGAAGACUGUGGAGGCCUUUGCCGAUGCUGUGAAGGAUGUCUUUAAGGAUGUCCAGCCUGACACAGCUUCCCUGCCCAAUUUACGAGCAGUGGUCCCACCCAGUGUGAGACAAGUUCAUGGCAGCAGACGAACUCUGCUGACCCCAGAAGGCCUGAGGAUCCUGUUGGUCAGAGGAGAUGUACAGAGUUCUACGGCUGAUGUUGUUGUGAACUCCAUUUCCUCGGACCUCCAACUUGGUAAAGGGCCCCUUUCUCAGGCCAUCUUAGCAAAAGGUGGGCCAAAGCUCCAGGAGGAACUGAACAUAGCUGGACAAAUGGCAGAGGUUGGUGUGGGCACAAUUCUGCAAACCAGAGGCCACAGCCUGCACUGCCACUGCGUGCUUCACGUGGUGCCUCCGACCUGGAAGAAUGGCAGCACAUCUUCACUCAAGAUCAUGGAAGACAUAAUCAGAAAAUGUUUGGAAAUCACUGCCAGUUUGUCCUUGAGAUCAAUUGCAUUUCCAGCAAUAGGAACAGGAAAUUUGGGGUUUCCUAAAAAUGUUUUUGCUGAACUAAUUGUUUCUGAAGUGUUCAAAUUUAGUAGCAAGAAUCGCCAGACAACUUUACAAAUGGUUCAUUUUCUGCUGCACCCAAAUGAUCUUGAAAAUAUUCAGGCAUUUUCAUAUGAAUUUGCCCGAAGGAGUAAUGGAAAUGUCAUCAGUGACAAAACUCCCCAGGCUGAAGAUGCACAAGGUUCAGUAAAGCUUUUAAAUUGGGAAGUUAUUUCUAUUGCUAAAUAACAAUUCAAUGAUAGGUGAAAGAUGGUAGGAUGACUUUCAUAAAAAAAUGAAUUUGUGAUAAAGAAGAUACUAAAUUAUACUCCAUACACCUGAGCUUGUAAGACACUGGCCAUGUUUAUGUGAUCUGAAGUGAAAGCAUAGGCACGCUGUUAUGGAAUCUGUACAGUGGGUUUUAACUAGUGAUGUGGCUAAGAUUGUCUAAGGACGAUGUGAUGUAUUUUCAGAAACAGACACGUUUAAAGGGAAAAUACCAGCCCAGUGCUUCCCCUCUGUCAAAUCUGCUGUUGCUGCAUUGAGUUCCUCCUGUGUUAAGCCUCAGCAGCGGCUUCUUGAAUCGAAUAUGUAUGUCUUCCCACAAAUUUGGGGACUUUUCAGUCAUUUCUUCAAUCUUUUUCCUGUGCUGGUCUCUCUUGUCUCCUGGUGCUUCAGUAACAUGAAUGUUGGGCCUUUUGAUCAAGUCCCAAAGGUCCCAGUGAUCUGUUCUAUUUUUUUUUCAACUUUUUUUCUCUGUAUUUUUCAGAUUGGAUAACUUUUAUUGAUCAACCUCCAAGUUCACUGACUCUUUUCUCUGCCUACUUCUCUGCCCAUCCAGUGAAUUUUUUAUUUCAGAUACUAUAUUCUUAAGUCUAAAAUGCCCAUUGGAUUCUCUUUUUAUAGUUUAUAUUUCUCUGCAGAGACUCUUUCUUUGUCCAUUCAUUCCAGAUCAUCUCAUACAUUCAGCUGUGUUUACUUUGACUCUCAGGGAAGAUAGUUAUAGUAGAUGCUUAAAAGUCUUGGAUAAUUCCAACAUCUGGAUCAUCUUGAGAUUAGCAUUUUUAUCAAUCGUCUUUAUCCUUGAGAAUUGUUCACAUUUUACUCAUUCUUUGUAUGACAAGCAAUUUUGGAUUACAGACUGGGCAUUUUAAGUAUUACAUUGUGUCCCCUUAAACUCCUGCAGAAAACAGUGGUUGUUUUGUUCGUUUGCUUUAGCAGGCAAUCAAUCAAUUCAGUUCAGUCCUAAAGUUCGGUCUCACCUUCUUACUGGGUAGCAGUUCUGAUGUUAAUUCAGUUCUCAAAGCCUUUGCUCUGCUGCCUCGGGUCUGUCCCCCCACAGCUCUGGGUGAGCUCAGGAUUCGUUCCAGCUCAUACACACAGUAGGGAAUCACCUUCUCCAGCUCUCACCUCCCCAGGAUUCCUCUUACACUCCAGCUCACAGGAGUGCAUUUCCUAGGUUCUCUUGUCGGAGCGACCGGCCUUUCUCCGAGUUUAAGCUGCCUGUUCUGUUGCCUCCUAGUGUUGUGUGAUCAGGGUCACCCUUGGGCAGAGCGGAGAGAGAGACGAGAGAGAGAAACGAGAUUGCCCGUACACAUACAUAUACACUUUUUAGGCCAAAGGUUCCUUUUUCCUGAUUCUUCUGGACAAAAAUACAGAAUGUCUCUUCGCACCCUGUGGGUGCCACUCUGGAGUUCUGCCACUGAGUCACCUUGGGGCAGGGC